AUGAGCUUGCAAUUUGAUGUUACUGAAAGCGUGGAAGCACCCAAUGGCCAAAAAAAUUUGUUAUUCUCAGACGAAAAGCAGCAAGCUAGAUUCGAAUUAGGUGUCUCUAUGUACAUUUAUAAAUGGGAUGCGUUGGAUAUUGCUGUAGAGAACAAUUGGGGUGGUCCUCAUUCUGCUGAAAAGAGAGAUUGGGUCACUGGUAUUAUAGUGGAUUUGUUCAAGCAGGAAAGAAUUGUUGAUAUCGAAUUAAUUGAAGAAACUUUAUUGUAUGCCAUGACGGAUGAAUUUGAAACUAACGUGGAAGAUGAUUCUGCCUUACCAAUCGCCAAGGGAAUCAUUGAUCUUUAUAGAGAAUGUCAAUUGUUACAAUUCGAUACUGUAGAGAAAUUAUAUUUAGCUUGGGUAGAAAAGCAAAAAAAUCCUAGUAGUAAUACAAAGAAACACAAUAUUCAUAUUCAUCAUGAAGAAGGUGAAGAAUCUUCGUCUGAUGAAGAACUUGACGAUGACGAAGAUGAAGAUAUGAUAAUGAUGGUCGAUGACGAUGAAGAAGAGCAAACUCCAAACUUAAUUCAAGAGCCAAUAAUAGAUGAUGAUGGUUUUGAAUUGGUUCAAAAAAAGGUAAAGGAAGAAGAACCCCAUGAAAUAUUCAAUUUUAUUUUAUUAUGCAUUUACUUAUAUAUAUAUUAG